AGGGGCCACGCCCAGGCGACCGUGACAAGGGCUGCAGGGUGAGCUGAGGGCAGUGGCUAAAGGUCACGGAGGAGCUGGGGUGCAGGCAGCCCUCGCUCUGCAUAGCACAGGGCUCCAGAAUGACCACGAAAGAUCGCCGGGUAUAAAAGCCUAUGGAAUUUUGUGAUAAUUUAGUGCAGUCACUGGAAACAAGAAAAACUUUGAGAAUUAGUGUUUCAUUUCUUUGUAAAACUACUAAGAACAGUGUGAACUGUGUGCCUUCUCACCCUGACCUGCACUUUCCAUGCCCUGGACAGGUCAUCAGCUCCUGCCUAGGUUUGGAUUGGGUUCAAACAUUUUAUUUUUGCCUUUUCAAUGCUGUAAAACACCUCCAAGUGUUUCUUUAAAGCAAAGCAUUUACCCACAUCACUCCCCAAACAUCUCCAUCCUUCCUUCACGACCACGGCUGUAACCAGCCUGUGAUUUCAAGCAACUCCCGGGUCUGGGCGAGCGGCUUUCCAGGCAGCUCACCGCUCAACUCCUGUCGACUUAUAAACGACGGAACUGGGCUUCACUGGCAGCAACAGGCUGUUUUCCGUCUCUGUAAUUAGUUUCCUUUCAGCAUGGCUACUAACUCCAACACUUUGGCCUGAAUGCUGAGAUUUUUAUUUUAUUCGUCUCCUAUCCAAAGUAGAAGUCUUUCUCGGCCAUAGCAGUUUUCUGCUCCUAGAGCAACUUAAAGGAUGUCGGUGCAACUCUACCUUGUUUUUCCUACUCCUUGGACUUUCUCCCCGUGGUUCUGACAGCACCUCCAGCCAGGUUAGGUCUCGUCCCAUCUCAGCUUUGUUGUUACCAUUUUCAAAUGUUUUUUCAUCUCACUUCCAGCAUCAUCACUUAUGUAUUUGGUGUACUUUCAUCUUUUUUGUCCAAUUCCCUCUUUUAAAGGUCCAUUUUUGUAGAACAGCACGUGGAUUUGUCAUGGGAGAUGAGACCAAACAACCCCACGUGUGGCUGUCUGCACUGUGAACUGAGCAGCAGAAAGCAGACGUGCAGGGACCGUGACUGACAGACUGAAAACAGGAUUGGAGUGCCAUCUGUCAUUUACAUGGUGACAUUUGGACAGAAGAGCGAGCGGUGGAGUUUGUCCUUUCUGAAAUUAUUCAGUGUACUGUGGUAGUUGAAAUUCUAACCAUGUUGUUAGGGGGCCGCUGUUAUUUAACUAACACUGUGGUGACUAAAAUCUGUACACAUCAGAACUGUGCAAGGCGAGGACAGCCCUGUUGGAUGAUUGCAUGGAUAUUGAAGUCACAAAGACUGAUGGCAGGAGCUGAGUGGAGAUGAAGCUUGUGAUAUGUAGCUCGAGUCCUCAAGCUGUGAGAAGGAACCACCAGGGGACUGCAGGCCACAGUGACACCCAGAGAUACAACCAAAGGAUCCUAUUACCACAUGCCUGUCUCCCUCAGUGUAUGACAUGAUCUGUAAACUCGGGUUUGAAGUCAGAGAAAGUCGGGAUAUCAAUAGUAUUGUGACUGAAAGCGGUGAAGUGUGCUGGAAGACGAUCACAGACUGUGUGAUUGAAACUGAAUCAGCCCAGGGUCUGGAUUACCAGGGAAGCGUGAGGCUGCUGGGCCCUGUGUGUGAGGCUGUUCACAUCCAUUUCUCAUCUCUGACCAAGCGGCAGUUAGAAGCUCAGUAUGCACCAUGGCUCCAGUGGACAAGUUCUCCAGAGUUGUUUCCAGAAAUAUUUGAUGCCCUGGAGAGUCUUCAGUCUCCUGCCAUUUCUCUUAGCCUGAUGAAGCUGACAUCCUGUCUGGAACGGUCCCUGGGUGAUGUAUUUUUACUGGUUGGAAAGGAAUGCCCCUUUCUUUUAAGAGAUCUGCUUGCCUCCGCGGAGCUUGCUCAAGUCUUCGGGCAGUCUGUGAUGAACGUGCUGACAGUUUUCAUCGGCUCUCCACGUGGACUCAACCUACGCAAUGUCCUAUGGCACGGGUUCGCGGCACCGCAGGAGGUCCCUCCGCAGUACUGUUCAAUGAUGGUGCUGCUGACAGCCGGGCUGGGUCAGCUCUUGGAGGCCUACCUUCAGCAGACUGGAUGCACAGUGGCCUGUCGGCCACUCAUCACACUCACGGACUCAGAGGACCUGGUCGUCUUCCCUGAUGUUACUCACGAGGUACUUUCCGUGUUGGAGGAAGUGAUGAAGAAAUCCUCUUUCAUACUAAGGAUCAUGUUGCCGUAUUGGGAAGUCGCUUUAAUCAAGUUCAAGUCACACAGGUUCGCCGACUGUGCCAUGUUGUUGUUGACACAGCUGGAGACUGGGCUUCGGAACCUGUUUGCCACAGUUAAUAGGUGUCCAAAGAGACGUCUGACUGCGGAGUCAACAGCUCUUUACACCACCUUUGAUGAAAUGUUGGCAAAACACUUGAAUGAUGGUGAAAUCAACCAGCUUCCUCUUUUCCUCGGAGAGCCCACGAUGGAAUUUCUGUGGGAUUUCCUGAACCACCAGGAGGGCCCCCGGGUGAGAGAUCACUUAAGCCACGGGGAAGUCAGCCUCCCUGCAUUUCCAAAAGGAGUCACAGGCCAGCUGCUUGCAUUUUCCCUUGUGCUUCUCCUGAGAUUCGUCGACGACGACCCAGCGUCAGUGUUUAAGGAAAAAGCAGCAGUAAAGUCACUGGUCAGUCUCGCAGACGGGUACAGUGCUCGCUUCCAUCCAGUUGCUCUGCUUAAAAAACAGACCUCUUCCUCUCAGGUGCUGAGCUGUGAGGAGGGCAUCCGGCUUUGGCCUCUGCUGCCUUUGCCUGAAGACGCUGCACAGGAAGCAGCCAGAUUAGAAGGCGAUUCUGAGACAGAUGCCUGCGAAUCUUUAAUUGUGAAAGUCUUGGCCGAGCUGUAUCACCACACGCCAGGAAGUCACUGUGCUCUCGACCACUUGGAAAACCUUCCUGUUGAGAAGUGGCCCCAGCCGCUCCAGGACGUCUGCAGCAUCCGCGUCCCGACGCUCUUCUGCCCUAGAGCCGCCCUGGAAGUGCUGGCUGUGCUCAGACACAUCUGCAGCUGCUGUGCCCGCGUGUCCCUGCAGGUGGCUGCCGCCCUGGAGCAGAGGCACCGGCAGUGGAUGGAGAAGACACUGCGCUCCCGGCAGAGGCAGAACUUCCUGCGCCUGUUACGCAGCAUUAAGCUUCUGUCUCCUGCGCUCUCCCUGAUUUUGUUGCUGAUCGCACUGGAAUUGGUCAACAUUCACAGCGUUCAUGGGAAAACCACUUGUGGACACCAGCAGUACCUCAAGUUCCUAAGGUCGAUCCUGCAGUACACAGAGAACCUGGCGACGCUCACCAGCCAGGCCAAGAACCAGUGGGGCGAGACCGCCAGGCUCACGCACACGGCCCUGCUGAGGAUCUGGGCCUUCAGUGAGCAGCAGCAGAUGCUAGUUCAUUUAGCCAAGAAGCCCAAGUGAAGCAGCCCCAUGAACACACGUCGGCAGCCCGUCUAGAACGGACUCGACAGUGUCAAGUCGGGAAUCCAGGGGACACCGGGGGCACACGUUCCCCUCGCGGUGCAUGUCCUUCCCAGCAGCACAUCUGGGCGCACGUGUGUUACUGUUCCCUUCCUGGUGAUGGAAGCUAGUCAUUUCUGAUGAGGCGGAUGGCGCCGGUUCCCUCAGCACAGACGUCUGCCUGUCACAGCUCCCGAAAGCCACCUGAACCCUCGUGGCCGUUUUCCCAGGAGCCGUGCUUCCGUCGCUCGCUCCCGUCAAUAAAUGUGCCUGAACUGGUGGAUGUAAAA